AUGGUCCUCAGGACCGGCACUCCCGUCGUCCAAGAAUAUGCAGCCCCGCCGCCAACUCUAAGCACCGACCAGAAGGUCGCCCACGAGCGCCAAAUCUAUCGAGUUCCGAGACCUUCAGGCUAUCGCGUGUCAUGGCACGCCAACCCCGCCGUCGAGGGCCACCAUUUCGGCCAGUCACACCCGAUGAAGCCGUGGCGCCUAACUCUGACCAAGCAGCUCGUCAUGGCCUACGGGAUGCACCACGCUAUGGAUCUGUACUUGGCGCGGGCAGCGACAUACGAAGAGAUGGCCGAAUUCCAUGCAACCGACUACCUGGACUUUUUGCAGCAGGUGGUGCCCGGUGACAUAGAUCGCGCGGAGCAGAAUGACAACGUGAUACGGUUCAAUUUCGGUGACGACUGUCCCAUCUUCGACGGGCUGUACAACUACUGCUCGCUAUACGCGGGUGGCACCGUCGACGCUGCGCGCAAGCUCUGUAACGAUCAAGCUGAGAUCGCAAUCAACUGGUCCGGUGGUCUGCACCACGCGAAGAAGGCCGAGGCCAGCGGGUUCUGCUAUGUCAAUGAUAUCGUCCUGGGCAUAUUACAACUUCUACGGCACCACCCGCGCGUGAUGUACAUUGACAUCGAUGUGCACCACGGCGACGGCGUGGAACAGGCUUUCUGGUCCACCGACCGUGUUCUGACUGUCUCUUUCCACAAAUACGACAAGGAUAACUUCUUCCCUGGCACCGGCGCCCUCGACGACACCGGCCCCACGCACCCGCUCAAUCCGGGUGCCCACCACUCCAUCAACGUACCGCUUCAUGACGGCAUCCACGAUGACUCCUAUAUCAGCCUGUAUGAGGAAGUUAUCGGCGCCUGCGUCGAAACAUAUCGACCGGGCGCGAUCGUCCUCCAAUGUGGCGCAGACAGUCUCGGCUGUGACCGACUUGGCUGCUUCAACCUCAACGUCACGGCACACGGCGCCUGCGUCGCCUUCACCAAGAAAUUUAACAUACCUCUACUCGUUGUUGGAGGCGGAGGCUACACACCUCGCAACGUAUCCCGCGCUUGGGCCCACGAGACUUCCAUCCUCAUCGGCGCCGAGAACAUCAUCGAUCCUAACAUUCCCCAAAACGUCGCGUUCCGCAACCACUUCGGACCUGACUACACACUUUUCCCAUCGCUUUCAAUGAUCCGUCAAAUUGAGAACAAGAACUCCCGUCAAUACCUCGAGGGUCUCGUCGAGGCCGUCCACGAACAACUCCGCUACAUCAAGGGCGCCCCCAGUGUACAGAUGAGCUUCAUCCCACCGGAUAUUCUGGGUCUACGCGAAGAAACCGAGAAAGAGAUCGAAGAGGAGACUGCCAUGCUGGAAGAAGAGCGUGAAGAACGCGAAGGCAGCGGCUUCGCUUCAGCCAUGAGCGGCACAAAUGACAUCCCCGGCUCAGCGGGAGGAAUUCCGCGGACGAAUCGUAGGCGUGAGCUCGAACGAGGAGCAGGAUAUAAAGGCGAGCUGUAUUCAUGA